AUGACACAUGUUAGUUAUAAUAUCACAAAUGUUUUAUCUGCUUAUCUAACCCACUGUAGCGAUAAAGAUCAAACAUAUGCAUGGCUACAGUCACAGAUUGAUGAUUUAAUCUCUGAUUACAAAGACAGACUCGCUGUCCAAGUUCCACCCGCUAGAUUUAAACGAGAUUUAUUUGCUGAUGUAACUAGUCUUUUUGGUUCAGCUAAUUCCAUUGCCAACUCUUACAAGAUAACUGGACAAUCACAAUAUUCAUCAUGGUUGGCAAAUCAAGUAGCCAAUGGUUUCCAACAUCUCACCAAUAGUAAUGAGAAUAUUAUCAAAGCAGUCAAGUCUGAGGCACAGGCGCUUCUAACCGUUAGUCACUCAUUUUUCAACCAGACCCGCACCCUUGAACAUGACUUAGCCUGUAGAACAUAUGCACGGGAUUUAUUCGCCACAGCCAAACAAGAAAUCCUGGAUCUCCGUCUGCAAAAGACCCCUAGGCAUGUCCUAAGUGAUUUGAUUGAAAUCUUAGACUUGCAUAGGUGGUCUACGUCAGAAAAAAUGAAAGACAUUAACUAUUCUGAAUUGUUAUCGACUUUAAUGAUGUAUACUGGUACUGAAUGUGCAAAAUGUAUUGGUUUCUUUGUCACCUUUCCACUUAUCCAUCCAGAACAGGUAUUCCCAAAUUCAACAACCAUAAGAUCCAUUGGAGUAGUGGUAAAAGAUCAAGUGAUCAAAUGGGACCAUCUCACAGGGUAUAUGACUUUAGGUAACACUGAGACCUUGUUCACUUCUCGCACUUGUUGUCAUGAAACAUCCAAUUAUGUAAUUUGUACCUGUAAUACGCUAAAGCCUUUUUCACAGAAUGACUCUAAAAUCAUCAGUGUUCAAUCUCUACAUGGGCAUUCUGAUGCCAUUCAAGUUUCACACACGCAGUGGUGUGUCACCAGCGAAAUGAACUCUUUCUCUUAUGGGGGUUUGACUUGCCCCUCGAACCACAGUUUCUGCCUGGAAGUCACAGAAGACUUCUCCAUGGGUCAGAUCAACAUCUUGGGGAGGGUCCCACUGGACUUAGACCUCUCCCCUUGGUGGGACGACACAUUCUACGAGCAGGGCACCCAGGCUCUGACGGAUACAAUGAGUCUGGUGGAACGGACCGUUCGGGACACGAACUACCACAUCACCCAAGCACAGGUGCAGGCAAACCUAGCCAAGAAGACGGCCGAGAUCCUGUCCAGCUCCUCCACACGAUCUGCACAGUACGCAUACACUUGGUGGGACUGGGUGUUCAGAGCAUGUGUACUCGCUAGUAUCCUCACAUUCACUGCCACCCUAGUCCAGUGUUGCUAUAUGCGAUGUGCCAUCCGUUCCCUACGCCGAGCCACCCACACAGCCCUGGUAUUGAGUCCGCUACAACUGCCAGGACCGCACAGACUGAAAUAA